CUCCCUCCUUGGCCAGCCCUCCGGGCCUGGGAUUCUGGGCCAGCAACAAGUUAUAAUUGCAAACAUGGACCAAGGAACCAGAGGCGGCCCAGAGGCCCGGGGUCCGUGAGCUGCUGUUUGAGGCUGCAGGACACUGGGUCGCCAUGGGGAUAGCUGCCCUGGGCCUCCUCUGGGCAGUGCUCCUGCACCCUCUCUCUGUGUUUGGAAUCCCCACCGAGGAGCCCACCUCUGGGGAAGCCGUGGCCUCUAGUUCCCCUGGGCUCUGUCGACGGUGCUGUGACUCUGAGGACCCCCUGGUCCUUGCUGAUGCUGCACAUGAGUCCUUGGCCUCUCCGUCCGCCCUCCCGUACAUGCUGCCUGAGGUCAGGCCCUACAUUAACAUCACCAUCCUGAAGGGUGACAAAGGGGACCGAGGCCUGCUGGGCUCGCCCGGGAAGCUGGGCAGGGAGGGCCCCCGGGGGGAGCGCGGCCCCCAGGGCACCAAGGGUGCCAAGGGGCAAGCAGGCAGCCCCGGCAGCCCGUGCCAGAUGCGCUUCUCAGCCUUCUCGGUGGGCCGCAAGACGGCCCUGCACAGCAGCGAGGGUUUCCAGCCGCUGCUGUUCGACACAGUCUUCGUGAACCCGGACGGGCACUUCAACCUGGCUGCCGGCCACUUCGUCGCCCCCCUGCGCGGUCUCUACUUCUUCAGCCUCAACGUGCACAGCUGGAACUUCAAGGAGACCUACGUGCACGUCGUGCACAACGACGAGGCAGCCGUCAUCCUGUACGCGCAGCCCAGCGACCGCAGCAUCAUGCAGAGCCAGAGUGUGAUGCUGGCCUUGGCACCCGGCGACCGUGUUUGGGCGCGGCUCUUCAAGCGUGAGCGUGAGAACGCCGUCUACAGCGACGACAUCGACACCUACAUCACCUUCAGCGGCCACCUCAUCAAGCCCGAGGACGAUUAGUGCCUCCCAUGGGGCAGCUCUGGCCUGGGGUGGCCACGGGCAGGUCUGUCCCCUGCGGGGCCUCAGUUUGCCUGUCUGUGAAGUUGGCCCUGGGACCUGGCAUUCUGGGCAGGCUUCCUCCUCUUUCCUUCCCUCCAUCACCCGUCCCAGUCUGUUCGGGCCUCUCUCCUCUCUUGGACAUUUUCAGAAACCUCCUAACCUAAAUCUUCUAGAGCUUUCCCAACCUUUUAGACCAGCACUUUUCAAACUUGAAUGUGCAUCCGUAUCACCCAGGGAUUAUGCUAAAAUGCUGGUUCUGAUUCAGCAGGUGUGGCAUGGGCCCAGGAUUUUGCAUUUCUAGGACGUUCCUGGGUGAUGCUGGUGCUGCUGGUCUGUGGACCCAACUUGAGUAGCCAGGUCCUAUAACUUUCACAACAUUCUGGUACUCUCUGAACAUUCUGGAAUCUUCCAAACAUUCUAGAAUCUUCCCAACAUCCUUAAAAUCUCUCAUCCUUCUAGGAUACCCCCUCCUCUUGUCUCUUGCGCCUUCUCCCUUCUCUCUGAACUCCUGUCUGCGCCCCAACUUGUGCAGCCACAGUUCAUUUAUUCAGUCAUCAAACACUCACUGAGCGCCCGCUCUGUGCCAGGCUCCGGGAAGGCUGAGGUGAACCAGACACAGGCCCUGCUCUCGAUGAGCACCCAGUCCAGCCAGGGAGGAGAGGACACAGAUUCUGAAACCAGACCCGGAGAAACACAUGGGUCUCUGAUCACACAAGUCUGUGUUCUGGGCAUUCAGGCACUGUGGCCCACCCAUUACCCACCACUCCCCAAGGCUGGCAGGAUAGGGUACCCCAGGUGGGGGGUAUCCUCUGCCUGGUCCUUUCUUUUUUGCCCAAUGCCCAUCAUUAAAGCAAACCCAGGGGGGCCUUGGUCAGGGGAAAGGUGCUGUGAGGAGAGGACCCAGGGGUUAGGGGGCAUUUUGGGGUAAGGGGGCCCAGACCCAUAGCUCCCCACGCGGCUGGGAUGGAAGCCUGUGAGAGCUCCUACCCUCCUCAGCACACGCCCUCCCUGCCCCGCUGCUGGGCGGCUGUCAGGGCCGUGCUCAGCCCGCUUUGCCAAAGGUGCCUGGGCCUCAGUUCUCCCAGGCUCCCAGCCACUGUCAGACACUGACGUCUGUCCCCAGGUGCUCUGACCUCCUUGGUGUCUCUCGCCAGCCCAGUGCCUCCGGCUCUCCAGGCUCUGUUAAGGUGCUGAGGCCCCGGGUGGGCAGCUCCUGCCCAGCAGAGCCGCCUCUGGCCUGCUGCUGCCUUUACAAAUGCUGCCGGGCAAUGAGCCAGGACAGAGGGCACCGGGCUUUGGACCCCUCAGCAGGUCUGGGGAACCAAAGCGAGCAACAUUCCAGGUCAAUUGGGGGGACCCUCCUCUGAGCCAUGAUGCCAAGGGAGGCGCUGGGCGAGGCUGAGGCCAAGUGAGGGACAUCAGGACUUCUGUCCCUUCCCCCUCUCCCAGGGUGGGACAGCCUGGUGGCCCCCAGCCUUCCCCUCCCGCAACCCCAGGUGGCCUGAACCUCUCCCCAGAGGGAGACGGCCUCUGCCAUUGGUGCUUAUGCGGUCUCUGGGGCAGAGGGGCCCCCGGUGGUGGUCUCUGGUGCUUCCUCAUAGCCAGGGGAGCCAUGGUUGCAUGGCUGGGGGCUGGCAGCAGGGCCUGACCCGGUGCCGUGAAGGCUGGUCCUGUACAACCACCCCCAGCCCGACUUCACCCCUGCCCUGCUUGUCCAGCAUGAUUAAAAGUUGUGAGUCUUCUUGGCAAUUCAACCUGGUUCUUUCUGCUUGGUUUCCUUUGCCCACCUUGGGAGGGCAGCCCAUCCUGUUCUGCUGGGCACAGGUUCAGGGCCCCAGAGGGACCAAGGCAGCCCAGGGCUCCAUUCCACGUGCUUGCCACCCACAAAAGAACCAGCCCGCCUC